AUGGAACUUGUCCAAAAUGUGGCUUCUGCCAUUCCCCGCAUCCGCAUGUAUGCUCACGCUCAGGAUGAUCAUGAUGAUCAUGAUCGAAAUCUUAAUAUUGCUAUUUCACAUUGUGCAGAUGUGCUUGGCUCAACUUAUGAAGCCUUGAAUUGGUCUCUUUCCGCCAUUCAUCACGACCCGAAAGGUUAUACACAAUACUAUCGCACGAGUACAGAUGUCAUUUCCCAUGCAAGAGCAAGGUUGGAUGCAAACCUCGGCAGCCAAAAGACAUGCAUGGAAGUGUUUGAUGGCACCAAAUAUUCCAUGGCAGCACAGAGCUUCAAGCAAGUGACCACGUCAACCCAAGAGCUGCUUAGCAUGUUGCAAGUACCACCUGGCCGUGGCCGCAGAGCAGCUUAUGCUGCCCUGAAAUUUUUGCAAACGCCAAACGUUACGGUUUGUAAAGAUGGGAAUGGGAAUUUUAGAACAAUAAUGGAGGCCGUAGCUGCUGCACCAAACCAUAGCCAAGAUCACUUUGUGAUAUUUGUAAAAAAAGGAUUUUACAAAGAAAACGUGAAAAUCGAUAGCCACAAGUGGAAUUUGGUCAUGAUUGGCGAGGGUAUGGACGUUACUACCAUAUCUGGCAGUAGAAGCUUUCGUGAUGGUUGGUCAACAUUUGAUUCACCAACAUUUGCGGUAUCGGCCGAAGGAUUCAUUGCAAUGGACAUAGGGUUUGAGAACGCUGCAGGACCAGAAGGUUUGCAGGCAGUUGCACUUCUAUCCGCCAGCGAUGGUGCUGUCUUCUAUCGCUGCAAGAUCAGUGGAUACCAAGACUCAUUGUGUGUACACGUCGGCCGUCAGUUCUAUCGAGACUGCCAAAUCAGUGGCAGUGUGGACUUCAUCUUUGGCUAUGGCACUGCUGUUUUCCAAAAUUGUGCACUCAUUGUCAGGAAAAAUGUAAUAGGCAAAAUUAGCGUGGUCACAGCGCAUGGACGAUAUGCCCUAAACGACUCAUCGGGCUUCUCCUUCCAAUCAUGCAAGAUCUCUGCAGACCCCAAUUUCAUAGGCGAAGCGUAUCUUGGUCGACCUUGGGGUGAAUAUUCACGGACAGUUUUCAUACAAUCAUAUAUAAGCAAUGUUAUAAUGCCCGAAGGUUGGCUUGAAUUCAGAGGGAGUUUUGGGACUGACACACUGUAUUAUGGUGAGUACAUGAACACGGGGCCAGGUGCGGGGCUUGCAGGCCGAGUCAAGUGGGCGGGAUAUCAUGUGAUUGCCAACCCAUCGGAGGCCGACUGGUUUACAGCGGCCAAGUUUAUUGACGGGAACUCAUGGCUGCCAUCCACAGGUAUCCCAUACAUACAAGGGUUGAAGCCUUAA